GAGCGGGGCAGUCGGGCCGGGCCGGGCCGGGCGGCGGGAUGGGGAUGGGGCUGGAGCUGUACCUGGACCUGCUCUCGCAGCCCUGCCGGGCGCUCUACAUCUUCGCCCGCAGAAACAACAUCCCCUUCGAGUUCAAGCAGGUGGAGCUGAUGAAGGGGCAGCACAGGACAGAGGAGUUCCGGAAGGUGAAUGCCCUGAUGAAGGUGCCUGCUCUAAGGGAUGGUUCUUUCACCUUAGCAGAGAGCAUUGCAAUCCUCCUGUACCUGGUGCGGAAAUUCAAGACUCCUGAUCACUGGUACCCUUCUGACCUGCAGAAAAGGGCUAGGGUUGAUGAGUACCUGUCAUGGCAGCACGUCAACAUUCGUGGGAAGGGGAGCAAGCUGUUCUUAACAAAGGUGCUGCUGCCUAUGCUCACAGGCCAGCCGCUUUCUCCAGAGAAACUGGAAGCAGUUACUGAAGAGCUGAAUGUUGUCCUGAAGCAGUUUGAGGAGAAGUUCUUGCAGGACAAGCCCUUCAUCGCAGGCAGUGAGAUCUCCCUGGCAGACCUUGUAGCACUGGUGGAGCUCAUGCAGCCUGUAGGUGCUGGCUACGACCUCUUUGAGGAGAGGCCGAAGUUAGCAGCGUGGUACAGGCGGGUGGAAGAAGCAGUGGGGAAGCAGCUCUUCCAGGAAGCCCAUGAAGGGAUCUUGAACGCCAAGAACUUGACCGCUGAUAAGAUUGCACCUGAACUGCUGGAGCAUUUCAAGCACCAGCUCCUAAAGCAGGCCAGCCAGAAUUAGGGGGUUAUGCUCUAGGUAAAAAUCAAUUAUUUUGUGCAGGCUUAUUGUAGUAUUUCAGCAUUUCUUCUAAAAAUCAUACAGAAACAGCAUUCCACAAAAUGCACUUCAGUCACAGCCUUUCUGCAACUUAGAAGGGAAGAAAACUACAUCUUAGACUGCAGUGAGCUGCUUUCCCCUCUUAUCCACUACAGGCAUAUAAGCUGUAGACGUAUAGGCUUUCUUUUGUGCUCCAACACCACUGGAUCUGCUUGAGGACAGAGGCGAUUCCGUCCAUGUGGGAACUGGGGCCAGUCAGAACCGCCCUUUCCAUCCCUUUUUGAGUUUUACAGGUCGCAGCACUAUAGAAAGAGCAAAGGUUUCCUGAGGGUAUGGCAGAACAGAUCUGUCGGAAACAAGGAAAAAUCAUUGUAGCAAAUGGGCUUCACUUGGCAACACGCUCUGUAGGAAAAUUUUUGCUCUUUAGUGAAGAGGCAGGUCAGGACCCCGCCCUUGGUGGGGACCCUGCCAGGGUUCCUAGAGCACCUGGCCACUGGAGGCUGCUGCCUCACCUGUGGUAGCAAAGGGACACAGCACCUAGGGGCAGAGGGGCUGCGCAGGUACCCAGGUGAGCCCUCCACCUUCUGGGAAAGACGGGGUUAGUCCUCUGAAUAAAGAUCCUCAACCAUAGACCCGUGCCUUGCUUCACAAAGAACAGGCUGCACAGUUGAGAAAAGCUGCUGCCGGCUAUAGGGUCCCCCGCUGCAAACCAUAUCGGUGCUCCGUCCUUUCCCCAGAGUGGCUUUGCCAGCUCCAGGGAAGCCAGUUAAGCCGGGCUCUCUCCACUGGUGAGUGCAGCGUUAGUGGCCAGCCGGAGCAGAGUGCACGGUAUAUGUGACUGAGUAAUGCUCCAAAUCGUUAAUGUUCCACUACUCUUCUGUCAUGUCAGAUUAUCCAGUGAAGUUAAUGGUUACAUUUGCCGCAUGUGGUAGCUCUGUUUGGAUUUGUAAUCAGGAUUUGGAAGGAAGCAGCUGCAGAGUCAUCCUCCACACCUGUGCUAUACCCUUCACACCUCCCUCCUGUGUCCCUUUGUACCCUUCCUGUCCUCCUGUCUCUGUGACCUUCCAUUUCCAGGUAUGAGCCAUGAGGAGGGUUCCGGUUUGCAGAACUGUGUUUUUCCUUCCUUGUUAAGCUCUGGUUGUAUCUGGAAGUCUGUCUCUGCUGGCUGGUUACGGCAUCCACAGAGGUGGCUGCAUAGUAUGCUCAGUGUGAGAUGUCAGUCAUCUUAGUGCAAGCCAAGUUAGUACAGUGCUCAGAAAAGGUGAAAGUAGCUGCUCAAACCAGUCUCACAGAGCCUUUCAACUGGACCUACUGGUUUGGGGGAGUGAGCCAACUGCCUCUUCUGUGUUUGUUUCCUGAGUAAACUUGCCCUUUAGUUCAAAAGGGCACUGUGAACCAUGGCUUGCGACACAUGUCCCUGCAGGCUGAGCUAAAGCAGCCAAGCAGGCCGGUCCCUUCUACUUUCCGUUCUUCCAACCUGCAGGAAAUCCUCAAUGUCAGCGGUGAAAAAGCAGAUUUGCCCCAAAAGUCUUUCAGUUUCAGUGCUGACGCAGGCAAGGGUAUUUGUCAUCUUACCUGAUUUUUUUAUUGGCAAGUUUGUCGAGGAGAGCCUAUUGCCCUCCAGUUGGCAAAGUCGGUGACAGCAGCUUUCUUCUCACCCUGAGAGUGCUUGCAUGGUUGGUGCCCGAGCAGCAACCUCUGCUGGCACUACCCCGCUGCCCUGCCGUAGCAGCUUGCCUGCAGUGCUAAGCCUAAAGAAAACGGCCUGUUGACAUGAUUCCGCCCACCACUUCCCUUCCUCUAUAACCUGCAGCUUACCGCAGCCACCAGCUGGGCUUCUGCACACAGCUGAAUGAAAGAGGUCCUUCUCCGCUACCUUACCAAAGCUGCCUGGCCUCACUGCACUCUCUCCUGUCAGCAUCUUGGUACUUUGCCUAACUUUUGAAUUCCUGACCUCCAACUUUUCCCCAUCUUGUAGAGAGCAAAUUUCCUACCAGCACAAUAAAUGCCUCACACAGCUUCUGUUCAAAUAGAAGCAGAGCAGAGAAAUAAUCAAAGUCAGAAGCCUAAUUUAGAAAGUGCUAAUUUUGACAGACUUCAAACUGGACUCGGUAGCAGAGCCGUUCUUGAUACCCAUCUCCCUGCAGAAUCUCAAGAUAGGGCUGCUGUGUGUGCAAAACCAUUGCAUAAGCCAAAGCAAAUAAAGUGUCCUUUUUUUUUUCUUGUUUGUGAUACUUGCAGCACAAGAGCUCCGUGUAAGACAGCCUUGAGUCAGUUUUCUGCUUGUUUGAAUAAGGCACAAAUUUCUUAAACGUCACCCCUUCUGUGCUCUUGCAAGGAUGGCUGCCUUCAAACACAAGUUGGGGCUAUGUUCAGAGCUCCUUGGCUGGUGCUUUUCUGCUGCUGGUGUCAGAAAGGGUAAACGUACUCUCCUCACUCCAGCAUGGUCGUGGUGACAGGAAGAGAUUUUAAAUUGGUUUUCCCAUAGUUUUCUCUGUCUGCUCUACCCAUUGGAACCAUAGGUUCACCCUCCCAAUGCAGCUGGGUGCACUGAUCGGUGGCAUUUUGGGUCCUGUGCAUACAGAACAAAGCACCUCCCCAGAGUAACUCCCUCAAUGGCACAGUUGUACAACAAAUAAAUCUGCCUUGUUUGUUUUUUUGCUCUAAAUUGUGGCGAUAAGGCAUGUUGUCCUUGUACUUUGCCUUUUGCUGUCCCUCUACCUCCCUCACUUUGUUAAUUUAUGUCAUUGAGUAUCAGGAAAAAAUUCUUCACCAAAAGGGAUGUCAAGCUCUGGAACAGGCUGCCCAGGGAAGCAGUUGAGUCACCAUCCCUGGAGGUAUUUGAAAGACAUGUAGAUGUGGCGCUUGAGGACAUGGUUUAGUGGUGGGCUUGGCAGUGCUGGGUUAAUGGUUGGACUCAAUGAUCUUAAGGGUCUUUCCCAACCUAAAUGAUUCUCUGAUUUGAUCUUGGCUGGUUUCAUCUCCUAGACUGACAGCCCCAAGAGCUGCCUACCAAAACCCAACAGGUUGUGCAAGAGUUUUGCCUGCCUCAGCGCAAGGUCUGUUCGGUGCCCACUCCCCUUUCACCUGAAUAUGGAGAGGGGUGACACCUCCAGUGAGGGUUUAUUGUGCUGUUCUGCUUCAAUUUCCUGAAUUCUUGCCAGGGGCUGUUUGGAAAUUGGUGAGAGCCUGUGAUUUCUAGAAUUGAAGCUGGGAUACAGAGGAUGGGAGGAAUGUUUAAAAAGCAGAUACACAUCCCGAGACUUUUUCUAAACAAAUAAGAAAUAAACUGCAAAACUUACUGCA